AAAGUCGAUCAGUAGACGCAGAGUACAUAUCUUUGCUACAUCAUAUUCAUAGCAAUAACAUAGAAGGACAUAAUUUUAGAGGAUAUGUGAUAACUGGAUCUAAAAUAUCUUAUAAUACAGUUAUAAAUAAAGUAAGACAUUAUCCAUAUACAAGACCGAUUUGUUUCAUUUUUUCUGGGUUAGGAUCUCAAUGGUUUGGGAUGAGUCAAGCUCUAAUGAAACUUCCAGUGUUCGCUAAAACAAUCCAAAAAUGUAAUACUAUUUUGGGAUCUUAUGGUAUAAACUUCAUAGAUAUCUUAACAAAUAAAAAUAAAAGUAUUUUCGACAAUAUUGUGAAUUUAUUCUUAAGUCUUGUCGGACUGCAGAUUGGAAUAGUCGAUCUUUUAACAUCCAUUGGUAUCGUCCCUGACUUUAUAAUCGGUCAUUCUAUUGGUGAACUAGUCUGUGGAUAUGCAGAUGGAUGUUUGACAGUCGAAGAAACAAUUCUUUCGGCAUAUUUUAUCGGUUUAGCGCUUUAUGAGUCGAAAAUAAUUAAUGGUUCCAUGGCCGAAAUUAAUCUUAAUUUUGAAACCAUAAAAGAUAUCUGUCCUUCGGACAUUGACAUUGCAUGUUAUAAUAAUUCAUCUAAUUUUACUGUGAGCGGACCAACAGAUUCUAUAAAGUCAUUUCUCGUCAAACUACGGGCUAAUAAUAUUUCUGUAAAAGAGAUUUCUUGUGGUUGUAUACCUUUUCAUAGCCGUUACAUCAAACCUGCUAUGGUUAAGUUAGAAGAAUAUUUGAAUCAAAUAUUACCACAAAGAAAGUUUCGUAGCUCAAAAUGGCUGACUACAUCUGUUCAUGAAUGUUCAAAUGCGCCUUUAAUUUUGUGUUCAAAAUAUUAUAGAAACCAUUUAUUAUCUCCGACAUUAUUUGCAAAAGCGAUAUGUCUGAUUCCUAGAGAUACGGUAACAAUUGAGAUCUCACCUCAUAAUAUGCUUCAAUACAUUUUAAAAGAUUCUUUAUGUUCCACAAUAACAAAUGUAGCGCUAUAUCAAUGUACCGAAGAUCAUAGUAAGGAGAUAUUUUUAGAAACUAUCGGAAAACUUUAUAAUGCAGGAUUGCAGCCACAGAUUGCAAAUUUGUAUCCAGCAGUAGAAUUUCCUGUAAGCCGUGGUACACCAAUGAUUUCUCCUCUUGUAAGGUACAGUAGACAUUAUCGUGAGUACAAAUAAGCAAACUACGAUUGA